CAAACUCACCUAAAUUAGUUAAGAACAUUUUACAGGAAAAAAAAAAAGCAUUCUUUCCCGUCGAGUGAAAAAGAGGUAGAAGAAUGAGUUACCUGCUGAAAACUCUGACAAAGAAGAAAGAGGUAGACUCCAUAAUCAGAGACACCAUUGAUAAGGUUCUUGUCCUCCGCUUCGGCCGACCUUCCGACUCUGGUUGCCUCCAUGUCGACGACGUCCUCUGUAAAUCAGUGCGGGAGGUUUCUAAGUUCGCAAGUGUGGCUCUGGUAGAUAUUGAUUCUGAAGAUGUUCAAGUUUACGUCAAGUAUUUUGACAUUACUUUUAUACCCUCCACCAUUUUUUUCUUCAAUGCGAAUCACAUGAAGAUGGACUCGGGUACCGCUGAUCAUACUAAAUGGGUUGGAGCAUUUCACCAAAAGCAAGAUUUCAUAGAUGUAGUAGAGGCUAUAUUUAGAGGAGCCAUGAAAGGGAAGCUGAUUGUGCAUUGUCCCCUGCCACCAGAACGAAUUCCAAAAUAUCAGUUAUUAUACAAAGAUGUAUAGAAGGUGAGUUCAUUACAAAAGCCUUCAUAUAUGUACAUGCACUGAUUGUUUGGUAUUUUUCCCUCUGCAUCAAUAUGAAACUGUUUGAAACUUUCUUCAUGAUUCUCUUUCUGUACUUUAAAACUUGGGAAUUUGUGAGUUGGGUAACUGGUUUUGGUUAAGUGAGGGAAGUUCACAUAAUUCCUUGGUUUUCAUGCAAAGUCUAAUGUUUUUAAUUGAAGGGAAGUUUGAAUUCACUAGAAUGUUUUCUCCAAGCCGUGUAAAAUUGCAUAUUGGCCUAAAAGAUGUUUCUUCUGAGUAUGAGAUUGAGCUGUGGUUUGGAUCCUUAAGCAGCCAAGAGAAGAUGAUGUAUGGGGAUGUAUUGAAGACCUUAUUAGUUAGAUAUAUGGGGAUGUGCCAUCAAAAUUAUCAUCGAUGUGAGGUCCAAUUGAAAAUGGUUAGUUAGACAAACCUCCAAACUACAACACUACAACACUACAACAAAAUAAAAGUACCAAGAUUUUUCUUUGGUGAGGGGCAUGUGUUUUGCCCCCCAUCCAUAAUUCUAUGUGAGCAACUGCUUAACUAUUAGAUUAAAGGUCGAGAAAUGUUUACAGAUUGUAGAUGCAACUGACUUACCAUGAAUUUAUUUGCUUUUUUGCCUUUAAUUUUUUUUUUCCAACUUGUCAGAGCCUUUAAUAAUAAAAGUUAAUGCCUAAUACUGUAUAAUAAGUUAUAAUUCGUAGAUGACAAUCAUGCAAUAAAUGUAAAGGAUACUGACCCUUAAUCUUAAGCUGGUUGUUGUAAAUAUCUUGCACUCUCUUAGCUUAGCUAAGUUGUUGUAUAGUCAAAGACUCAAAGUUGUUACC